CCUGAAACGCUUCCGGCGUUGCCACAAGAGUAUGUCGACCAGCACACGCCUGAGUUCAUUAAGGGCGUAGAAUAUGUCCUUUCCAAGGAUCCAAAUUUGUAUGCCACUGUGGUUCUGAAACCCUUUGACGCAUACUUGAAGACAGUUAGCCACCAGUUCGAUGACGCAGACCAACAGUUGCAGUUCUGGUUUGAAAGCUUGUGCUCGGGCAUCAUUUCCCAACAGGUUAGCGGUGCCGCAGCCAAGUCCAUCAAGCGCAAGUUCCUGUUGUAUUUCUUAAACGGCAAAACGCAUCUUCCGUUGGAAGAGCUGGCGGAGAAGUGGCAGAAAGCGGAUAAGUUACCCUUCCCAGGGCCCCAGGACAUCAUCGACUGUUCGGACGAGGAAUUGAGAACCUGUGGUUUGAGCGGUCAAAAGGUGAAGUACGUCAAUUCGGUGGCUGAGAAUUUCCAAAACAAAGAAUUGAACGCCAAGGUCUUCCAAAGCGAUGAUAUUCCGAUGAUUGUAGAUAAGUUGGUGGCUAUCAAGGGCAUCGGCGUGUGGUCUGCCAAGAUGUUUCUCCUCUUUGCGUUGAAAAAGAUGAACGUGUACACGAUGGAGGACUUGGGGAUUGCAAGAGGUGUCUCUAUCUAUUUCUCGAAUAUCCACCCGGAGUUGCACGAGACGAUCAAGGGAAUUGUCACGUUCGACGGAACAAAGAAGAAAAAGUCCAAGAUUGCUGUGGCCAAGAAUAGAAACUGGCUGGUGAUACAGGAAGAGUACGGUGAUUACUUCUUUGACCAGUUUGAGCCGUACCAGUCGGUUAUAAUGGUCAUCAUGUGGCGCUUAAGUGACACCAUGAUUGAU